AUGAUCGAGGGAGGCGCGAAUAUCAACGCAACUAUCGAGCCUGUUGUCAAGGAGAACAGUGGCGGAUUCCCAGAAAAGAUCCAGAUUCUUCACUAUCCAUUUGAGCUUCCCCACGGGACACCUCUUCACUGGGCUUGCUUCUUCCGCAACAUGACAGCAGUCGAAGCCCUGCUUCCUCUGGGUGCCAAUUUCAACGCAAGCUAUCAUACCUCGGAUGCAUCCACCACUCCCCUGUUCUUGGCCGCGUACUUUGGUGAACCAUUUCUAGCCAGGUACCUGAUAUCUCACGGUGCCGAUGGUAGUCUAGUCGACUCCAUGGGGCGCAACGCGCUGCAUGGAACCACAAAGUACUUCCCCGAGCGACAUGGCUAUCUUCCUCACCACUGGCACUACUGGAUCCGUCACAGCGACUGGGAGCAACAUCUGGGGAGAAUGACGGAGUUGGUCAAGAUACUUGUCGAUGCAGGCGCAGAUAUCAAUGCCAAAGACAAGGCAUAUCCACCACUGACUCCCGUUGCGGCGGCUGCCAAUCUGGGAGUCUGGGACGUAGGGGUAAUCUUUGCGCUGUUAGACGCAGGGGCAGACUUAAGUCAAUCCGUCCUGUCAGCCGGAGAUACAGUUCUACAUUCGUGGGCGUCCAUAGUUGGACCACGUCUAGCUUAUCCCGAUUCCUACCUGUCAACCAUGAAGAAAAUCGUCAACGCCAUGCCAGAUAUUGAGAUCCCAAACAUGUUUGAAAGAGAUACUCCACUGCAUUCGUUAGCCACCAUCUACCACCACGAGGAGGAAUUUGAAGCCGCAUGCGAGAUUUUCCUCGCCCACUCUCCUCCAGCAGACAUCAACGCAAAGACCCGCCGCGGCGCGACUCCGUUAACCAUCGCCCUCGAGACGGAUCUCGACCCGACACGACGAGGCCACUUCCUCCUGAGCAAGGGAGCCGACACGCUUGUCCUCAACGACCGGCGAAGGGACAUCUUCUUCUCGAUCGUCAACAACACCGCCCUAACUGACCAGGCUUCGCACGAUCUGAUCCGAACAUUCCUCCAUCAUCUGAACCCUGAUAUCCAGCAAGCAUAUACAAAACACUAUCUCCCCAAUGCCAACAGCUACCAUACUUUUUUCGCCGCCGCAGAACGCGGAAAACCACUCACACUAACACUUCUCCUCUCCCUGGGCCUAGCCGCUCGCAUCAACGAACUCGAGCACAGUAAACCCACACCAGGGACCGUCCUAGAUAAAGCCCUCCAGUGGGGAGAAAUCAGCCGCCGCACACACAUACGACGGCUGGCGGCCCACAAGUCCGGAGCUAGUAGAAACCAAGCUCUCGACCAGAACCUCGUGUAUAUGAAGCGCAGGGUCCGCCCGCUCGAGCUGCGGAGGCCUACCGGAGUUUUCCUGCGGUGA